AUGAUGGCCCCCAGCAAGCUUCUGGUCAUUUGCUCCCUUGCGUCGGCCCUGGCGUGGGAAGAAUGUUAUGCGGUACCGAAGGGGGAUGCUCUGGUCGCGAUUGACAUUUCUGCAGCUCGGGAUCCUUGGACACAUGGCCCAUGGGCCUUGCUCCAACACCGUGACGUCCUCCGCAAGUGCUUUCGUGAGUGUGCUGCCGGCAUCUACGAUCUUACGUACUAUGCAAGCAGUCCCUCCCAGCUCUCUGUCACCCAACCUGCUGAGAGAAAGUACUGCUCCAGCGAGUCACUUUCUGCAGCCACUGAAAUCCAGGAGAUAGAAUGCGCCAGCUCGGUAUUCAAGUGCAGCAAGCAGAUGGGGAAUGCCAGCAACGCUUGCAGUGGAACGUUUCAGCUGACCGAAGCCUAUGACAGCAAUCAGACGACGCAGUUGACUUGGUUCAUGGCCCUCUCCUUCUUCAUGUCAGAGUCUGCUCGUGGCAAGACCGAAUCUGUUAUUCAAGCCAGCUUUGUGCUUCCAUCCGGUACCGAAUAUGCUGGGUGGUACACAGUUGACGAAAGCAAAUGCACUGGUGUUGGAUUCUGGGGUCCAUCGUUCCUAGUCUCAACAGGAGAGGUCGAGGAUCCACCCGAUCCACCCGUCAUUCCAGAGAUGCAGAAGCUCGGACUCAAGUUCCCGAAGAUCAGGGCGGCCCCUGGGCGUGGGAGCGGUGGCGGUGGCUUCCCGGAUUGGGCGACCGUUGCCGCGAUCGCACUUGUCACCCUGGUGGCUUUUGUGGCCUUGUGCAUGCGCCGCGCAAGGAAGAUCCGGGAAGCCGAGGAGAUUGAGCUCCACGGCGCUGUGAUGUCGUGA